CAUGCAUCAGCAACCUCAGCUUCGUCGAACCGGCAGUUCAAGCUCCAGCUCUUCUGAGGAUGAUGGGGAAGGAGGGAGAAGGAAGAAGGGAACAAAGGGGAAGAUGAUGAAAGAGAAGUUGGAAGGGGAGCACCACCAUACUUGUGCUGAAGGGGGAGAAGAAGUGGGUGCAGGUGGCCAAAAGAAGGGGAUGAUGGAGAAGAUCAAGGACAAGAUCCCUGGAAUGCACUGAUCCAUCCAUCCAUAUAUAUAGCUUUCUCAGCUCCUCGGAAGAUACAAUAUAAUAAUAAUAAUAAUGUGUAUACUAUAAAUAUGCAUGUAUGCAUGUUUAUGUUACGUUGUAUUGUAUUUAUAUAUGUAUGUGAGGUUGUGUGAGUCAUAAAGCAUGGCGUUAGUUUACCCUAUUCUACAGGCCAUGCAUAUAUGCAACAUCAAGAGUGGAUGGUCUUGUGUUGUA